UUGCAAGCAAAUCAAACUUUUGCUUUAAAAAAAAAAAAAAAAAGAAAAAAACUAACAAAGGCAUCAUAAUCGCACGAUUAUACUGAAUUCAUUAUUAUUCAUUAAAAAAGAGAUUAUUGACUUUUGACCUUUUACUCUCUCUCUCUCUCUGUUUCUUCAUCGUCCAGUUUGGCAUUUGGUGUUAGUUUUAUUAAAUAAAAAAAGAAUUAAACUGGUGUUUAUUGGGAUAAGAAUAAGAUUACGAGUGUAUAAAAUUUCCGUAGUUGAUGUAAUUACAUGACGUACUACUAAUUAAUUAAUUAAUUAAUUAAUAAAAGAAAUGAAAUGAUUACAUUAGAAAAAAGGGGAACAAGGAAGAAGUGAAGAAGGAGCAAAUUCUGAAAUUUCUGGUUCUCUAAAGAAAACGUAUGUCGGUCAGUGUAUGACCCUCUUCUUUCUUUCUUUUUUUAUUUAAAAAAUUUUUUUUUUAUGUAGUUGACGUAACCAUACCAUAUCAUAUAUUCAUAAAAGAAAGAAGAAAGAGGAAGAAGGGGGGAUUUUGGCUUGGAAGUCUGUUGUUGUUCGGAAACAGAAAUCACGUAAAUAUUGUGCGAGCGAGAGAGAGAAAGAGGAUUUUUAUUGUUUUAAGGCGGACGAAAAUGAAGACUUCUCUGAGAAGAUUGCGAGGGUUUGCCCUUCACAAGCACGGUGGGGAAACCAAGGACCGAAAAGAUGUUCGACCUUUGCCUCAAUUCGACGAGCUCGCUCAGGCUUCUCAGGAUAUGCAGGAUAUGAGAGAUUGCUACGACAGCUUACUUUCUGCAGCUGCAGCAACUGCAAAUAGUGCUUAUGAAUUCUCAGAGUCAUUGCGGGAAAUGGGUGCUUGUCUUCUUGCAAAAACUGCUUUAAAUGAUGAUGAAGAAAGUGGUAAAGUACUACUAAUGCUUGGAAAAGUACAGUUCAAACUCCAGAAACUUGUUGACAGCUAUCGGUCUCAUAUAUUCCAGACAAUCACUAGCCCAUCAGAGUCCCUUCUUAAUGAACUUCGAACAGUUGAGGAGAUGAAGCGGCAAUGUGAUGAAAAAAGAAAUGUGUACGAGUACAUGGCAGUGAGACACAAAGAAAAAGGAAGAUCAAAAAGUGGGAAAGGGGAGAAUUUCUCCAUGCAGCAAUUACAAGUAGCACAUGAUGAAUAUGAUGAGGAGGCAACCUUAUUUGUUUUUCGGUUGAAAUCUCUAAAGCAAGGACAAUCAAGAAGCCUUCUCACUCAAGCAGCACGACACCAUGCUGCUCAGCUGUGCUUUUUUAAGAAGGCUCUUAAGUCUCUUGAAGAAGUAGAGCCACAUGUGCAGAAGAUCACUAAACAACAGCAUAUUGAUUACCACUUCAGUGGACUUGAAGAUGAUGACAGAGACAAUGGUGAAGAUUAUGACAAUUAUGAAAACGAUGAUGAUGAUGACAACAGUGAUGAUGAUGAUGAUGAGGAUGAUGGUUAUGACCAUGAUGAUGGGGAAUUGAGCUUUGACUAUGGACAAAAUGAGCAAGAUCAGAACAUGGUUCCCACUUCACAACACUCAAUGAAGUUGGAUCAAGUAGGCCUUACAUUUCCCCAAAUUGCAAUGGGGGAGGCUGCAAAGGAAAAUCUAGAAAGAAGCCGCUGUCAUUCUUUUUCAUUUAGAGCCGAAAUAAGGAACAGCAGCCAAUCAGCCCCUCUUUUUGCUGAGAAUAAAUUUGACCCUUCUCAGAAAAUUCAACCAUUAUUGGCACGGAAGUUCAACUCAUAUGUAUUACCUACACCGGUUGCUACUAAAGGUUCUACUGGAUUAGGUAAUCCAGCUCCUCUAUCUUUCAAAACAAGUUUGAAUGAGCAUUCAAACAAUUUAUGGCAUUCAUCUCCGCUUGAACAUAAGAAAUAUGAGAGGAUUUUGGGAGAUAAGAAAAUUUCUGGAUCUGGCACUAUGUAUGCACAGUCAAUACUGAGAGAGAGCAAUAAUGCUGCUUCUUCAACUCGACUGCCCCCUCCUUUGUCUGAUAGGGUUUUAUUUUCGCGAGUUAGUCCAAUUGCUGCUUCUGAUUCCAAGAAAAUCAAACGACAAGCCUUUUCUGGCCCAUUGACAAGUAAACCGUGGCCUACCAAACCUGUUUCAGUGGAACAUCCACGAUUGUUCUCUGGGCCAAUUGUGAGAAAUCCAAUGCCACAACUGCCAUCAACAUCUCGGAAAGUAUCACCCAGUACUUCCCCUCUUGUGUCCUCACCAAAAAUAAGUGAGCUUCAUGAACUUCCUAGACCCCCAGCCAGUUCAGCCUCCAAAUCUUCAAGACCUUUAGGCUUGGUUGGUUAUUCAGGCCCCUUGAUGCCUAGAGGUCAAGUGCUUUCUGCUACAAAUCAAUAUGUGGUGUCAAAAGCAGCCUCUCCUCUGCCACAACCUCCACAGGUUGUUACACGCAGUUUCUCCAUACCCUCAAGUGCUCAUAGAGUGACAUCAUUACCAGUGUCCAAGCCACUCGAAACUGCUAUCAGUUCAGGGAUGUCUCAAGGUGUUGCCUCACCUCCUUUGACACCAAUAUCUUUUUCUCAAACCCAGCCAUCAUCAACUAGUUCAGAGACUGCUGAUAGGAGCUGAUUGAUUAUAUAUAAUUAUAGUAGUGAUUUCAACUCCUGGCUCGUGGGGGCUACAAUUGUCUUUACCAUAUCAUACAGGUGCAGAUAUGUGAAUAUACCCUUGUCUAUUAAUUUUUCCUAUAUUGUUGUUUUAUGUUUCAGCCAAUCCUUGUCUAUUAUAAUGCACACUUGGCAUGAAUCAGUGAAAUACUUGCCACGUGUUCCAUCAUUUUUGAGAAAUUUUGUAUUUUCUUCAAGGCAAUAAUAUAAUUCAAUUCUUUUAUACUAUGCAAA